AUGGCAGACCUCAACUUCCCCCCUCUGGUACUAGCAUCGUCCAGCUCAAGUAUUGUCGCCGUCGCAGGUGCUACCCUCAUCGUUCAUGAUCUACAAACAUCACAGACCAUCUCUUCCCCUUCAGUCGAUAACAGGGCUCAUCAGAAUGGGUUCAUCCGACAUAUAGCGGUCAGUGAAGAUGGGAAGAUCAUAGUCAGUGUAGGAGAUGAUAAGAGCUUGAAAGUAUGGGAUGUGACACAAGACGAAAUCAAACUCAGGAGUACUAGAGGUCUCAUCAAGAAAGCUUCAUGUGUGACAUUAUCACCUGAGGGAGGUAUCAUCGUAUCAGACAAAGUAGGAGAUGUAUAUCAAUACCCCCUCGACCCCAUACCAUCCGACCCUUCAACUUCGAAACCACCAAUGCACGCUAUGGUGUCUGACCCAACUAAGAACCCAGAGUCUGAUUACUUACUAGGUCACGUAUCAAUCCUUACCUCUCAUUUGACCACACCCGAUUCGAAGCAUAUCAUAUCAGCCGACAGGGAUGAACAUAUCAGAGUAUCUAGAUACCCCAAAUCUUUCGUCAUGGAAAGGGCUCUUUUCGGACAUGAUUCAUUCGUCUCCUCCCUUCACAUUCCUUCUACGCACCCAAAUAUUCUAAUCUCAGGUGGUGGUGAUCCCUCAUUACGUAUAUGGGACUGGACAACCGGAUCAUCUAUAUCAAAAGUAGAUAUAUACCCCGCAAUCUUACCUCACAGGAAAGUCCGAAGUUACAUGAGAAAGAACAGAUCAAAGGGCAGGAUGAGAAAAACGGAUGAAAACGCAUCCUCAGAACAGGAUGUAGAAGGAGAGGAAGAGACGUUUUAUUCUGCUCCUGAGGGAUAUAUCUUACCUUCGGGACAAGGUGUAUGCAUCAAGAAGAUCCAAACUACUGUUGUGGGAGAUAAGACGAUAGUAGUGUUCUUCUCCGAAGGCGCAUCCGCUAUACAUUCCUUCAUAUUACCAUCCGACCUCUCUUCCUCACCUACGGUACAUACACAACCCUUACCAUACCCUAUACUAGAUUUCGCAUUCUUACCCAACCAAGACGGAAAAAUUCUACUAUCGUUAGAUACAGCUUGGGGAGUGUUGAAGAAGAACCCUGGACCAGGCAUAGAAAGUAGACAGGAGGCCAUACCACGUGAUGAACUGCAACAGGAGGAGAAAGAGUCAUUGAAUGGCUUCUUCAAGGAAAUUCAGAUAGGAGAUAACGGCGAGCUAUGUGAAACCUCGGAUAAUUCCUUCUCCUCAUCGAUUAUCCCUUCACUGCCUAAAACAGAUUUCAAAACACUAUCCAAUCUCAACCUCUACCCUUUGAUCAACAUUUUACCCAAAUGGCCAGGUUUGGAAGAAGAAGGAAUAGAAGGUGGAGAUACACCAACUCCACCAAUCGAAGAGGAGGCAGACGGCAUUUCACUCGCACCAACAUCAAUGACCGCCCGUACAUUCGGAGGAACCAAGAGGAACUACACCAAAGAAGAAUUGACCACGAUGAAUUCAAAAGUAUUGGGGAGAUUGAAAUCCCAGGGAGUGGAUAUAGGUAAUUUAUUAGUGCAGAGACAGAAAAAGGCCAAAGAGGAUAGGAAGAAGAAGGCCCAGGAGGCUAAUGAGAGGUUGAAAGUCCAGGAAGAACAGAGGAAAGUAAAAGCAGAGGAGAAGCAAUCGAACAAGAAGAGGAAGACUGUACAGAUCAGUGAAGAGGAGAUGAGUAAUGCUUAA